UUGCGUUCCAAAUAAUUUUAAUAUCGCUUUGUACGCUACUGUGACAUUACAGUUAAUCUUCAUUCUCCUUAAAGCCAACCACGAUGAUUCCAAUAUACAGAAAUCUUCUACUCUUCCUGGUUGUUAUUUCCUAUGAAGAAACCUUGGCAAACGACUAUAACGCCCACAUCUACACUCCAUUGCUGUACAAUCGGAUGAGGAGGGAUGCUUCAGGUCACACGUCAUGUUGUACGAUUCCUCAAUGUGAAGAUAUACAAAUAGGAGUGGAAGGCCACACGGCUAUUAAGUGCUAUUCAAAACGAGUAUGCGGGAAUAUCUGCAGGCUAAAUGAUUAUCAAAAAGUUGCUCUGCCGUAUUCACCAUAUACUUACGAGUACGGAAUUAGAAACCAGUAUGUAAAGACAGUAUGCAAGUCGAAUAAGUGUUCUACCCACCGGUUUGACUGUUCGAUCUGCCCCAAUCCAAGAGAAACGUCUUUGUUGGCACUCGGAGUUAAUAGUGACUGCUUAAACUGUUAUUAUUAAAAAGAAACAAAUAAAAUUACUAUCACCUAUUUAUAAAAAUCGAACCAGUUGAAUAUUUCUUUCAAUAAGGGAAUAGGUUUUUAACAAAUAUAAAUAAUUUCGAAAUAAUAAUUACUUCUUGAAAAUGUCGGAUGAAAUUAAUUUUAUGC